CAUGUACUAUUCUGUAUUCAUCAUCCCAUGAUGCAUCAUUGAUGGAUCCACACAGCUUCAAGGAAAGGAAAAGUUCCUGGCCAUUCUGAAUCGCCACAUGGAGAUCCAUGGGACGGUGUACUAUGAGGCACAGCGUCCUCCGGAGGUGCCCGCCUUUGUCAAGAACCACGGUCUGCUGCCUCAGCCGGAGCUGCAGCAGCUCCUCCGAAAGGCCAAGCUGUUCAUUGGAUUUGGCUUCCCCUACGAAGGUCCCGCCCCUUUAGAGGCCAUCGCCAAUGGCUGCAUCUUUCUACAACCCAAGUUCAAUCCCCCUCACAGCUCUCUUAAUCAUGACUUCUUCAGAGGGAAGCCCACCUCCAGGAAGGUGUCCUCUCAGCAUCCGUAUGCAGAGCAGUAUAUUGGCAGGCCGCAUGUCAUCACUAUCGACUUCAAUAACUCUGAGGAGUUUGAUGCGGCCAUCCGUGAGAUCAUGAGGAUCAAUGUGGAGCCAUUCCUGCCCUAUGAGUACACCUGUGAGGGGAUGCUUGAAAGAGUUCACGCCUACAUUCAGAACCAGGACUUUUGUUCCCCUGAAGCUCCGUUUCCUCCAGUAAACUCAUCCUGGCUGAGCAGCCCCCCCAGUCCUUUCGUCCUCCUGCCAGACUCCAGCAUCCUGACCUGGGCCUCCAACACCAGCUCCUGCCCAUCUUGGCCACCCCUCAGCGCCCUGCGCCUUUUGGCUUCCCUGGAGGGCCAGUCGUGUGUGACGGCGUGCCAGAGUGCAGGACUCAUCUGCGAACCUGCCUUGUAUCGUUUCAUCAACAUCAAGGAGGCCUUCAGCGCGCUGGACCUGCAGUGUGACGGAGUGGAGUCCGAGAUGAACCACCUCUUCCCGGCCUUCUCAGCAGAGCAUGCUGAAUGUAGCCUGCAGCAGGAUCCCCUGCUGUUCAGCUGUGCCGGCUCCAGUGCCAAAUACCAGCGCCUUUGCCCCUGUAGGGACUAUCGUAACGGCCAGGUGGCACUGUGCAGAGACUGCCUAUGACCAGAGGAGGAUCUGUGGAUGGAGACUUAUUUCUAACACUUGGUGACAUCCUGAAUCUGUGGUGAAAUGCUGUAACACAUACACUUGAGUAUACCUCUGACCAAGGACUGGCUGGAGGACGGAAAUUGUAAGACCAUAUUACCUCUCAGGGAACUGCAUGAUUGUACUUUGAUCUGGUGGGAUUGAAGCCUCAGUUUAAAGGUUUACAUGGCUGCAUAGGACCACAGUCUACAAAAGUCACAAUGAAAUGUGUCAUUUGAUGGAUCAGUUAGAUUAGUAAAGAAACCAUGAGCAAUCAAAAGGAAAGCUUUGAUUAAAAAAAAAAAAAAAUAUUGCAAAUGCUUGAAAUUCACAAGUGUGUUUACUCAGUGUUGUGUGAAUACCUACAGUAUCAUAGUGGAGUUUGGAUAUUUGUACUAGAUGCACCCAAAGCUGUUUACACCAU